AUGCUGCUGGCGUCAGCGGUGCUGGUUACGGGCUGGAUCCGCACGCAGUGGCCCUCGUCGCCGCACUGGCGAACGCCCUUCUUCCUCGCUGCCACCGCACUGAUGCACGCUCUCGACCUGUGGGCGACAACCCGCUGCGUGCCCAGUCAGGUGAGCAGGCGCCCGCAACGCCUUGGUCUCGUCAGGCGGGUUUACGUGAUGGCGUACGCCUUUGCAACGGCCGAGUGCAUCGUCUUGCGACACUGGUAUUGGACCUAUGACCUGUCGAACUGGUUCCCAUACCCCAUCGUAUGGCCGCUGAGUUGGAUCAUGGUCGUGGGUGGCCAGCUCGUGCGCGUGCUAGCCAUUCUGCAUGGCGGGCCAUCGUAUCCGCUCGGCGAGAAACGCCGCUGCUGCCGCAGCCGCCACGACAGCGUCGACGCAGAUCACCAGCUCGUUACAACAGGCAUUUACGGCUGGAUACGGCAUCCGGCCUACUUUGGCUACUUCUGGUGGGCGAUUGGCACGCAGCUCAUCCUCGCGAAUCGCAUGUCACUACUGGCGUUCGUGAUAGUGCUAUGGAGCUUCUUUGCGGGCAGGAUCCAUGCCGAGGAGGAGGCACUGGUGCGCAGGCAUGGCAGCAGGUACGAGAACUACCAGCACCGAGUUGGCGUUUGGAUACCCUUCACAGGUAAUUAG